CCUGUCCUCUUAUUCCCGGUUGUAACUAAAUACUGUUGCGAGCGCAGCCGAAGCCCUUUGUUGGAGAUGUGUGAGCGCAGUCUCUACAGAGCGGGCUAUGUGGGUUCGCUUCUGAAUCUGCAGUCGCCCGACUCUUUCUACUUUUCCAACCUGCGGCCGAAUGGCGGCCAGUUGGCCGCGCUUCCCCCCAUCUCAUAUCCGCGCGGCGCGCUGCCCUGGGCCGCCACGCCUGCUUCUUGCGCUCCGGCGCAGCCUGCCAGCGCUACUGCCUUUGGCGGCUUCUCGCAGCCCUACCUGGCUGGCUCUGGGCCUCUUGGCUUACAGCCCCCGGGGGCCAAGGAUGGACCCGAAGAGCAGGUCAAAUUCUAUACGCCGGAAGCGGCCUCUGGGCUGGAGGAGCGCGGCCGAACGCGGCAGCCCUUCGUCCCUGAGUCUAGCCUGGCCCCUACAGCAGCUGCUCUCAAAGCAGCCAAGUACGACUACGCGGGUAUGAGCCGUGUGGCUCCAGGCUCGGCGACCCUGCUCCAGGGUGCCCCCUGCGCCGCCAGCUUCAAGGAGGACACCAAGGGCCCGCUCAACUUGAACAUGACAAUGCAGGCGGCGGGCGUCGCCUCUUGCCUGCGACCUUCGCUGCCCGACGGCCUGCCGUGGGGGUCGGCCCCUGGGAGGGCCCGCAAGAAGCGGAAACCCUACACAAAGCAGCAGAUUGCGGAGCUGGAGAACGAAUUCCUUGUCAACGAAUUCAUCAACCGACAGAAGCGCAAGGAAUUGUCCAACAGGCUGAACCUCAGCGACCAGCAGGUCAAAAUUUGGUUCCAGAACCGGCGUAUGAAGAAGAAGCGCGUGGUGCUGCGUGAGCAGGCGCUGGCGCUCUAUUAGCCGCUAGUGUGGCGGGCUGACGAGCCAGGCCUGCCCUUUUGGACCGAGGCCUGGCUUGCGUGCGGGGGAGGUGCUGGGG